ACUGGUCUCUUCAAGGGAAAGUCCUUGCUUUCAUUUUAUCCUUUCCAUUCCCCCUGUUCUCUUGGGAGCUGGUUUCAUUUGCAGCUGUGCAGUGUGUGCCUGUUUCUUUUCCAAGUGCUCAUGUGUUUGAUGUGCUCCUGAGUGGCAGUGCUGGAGAAGCAGAACUGCUCUGCGGAGACUGGGAAGGGCUUUCCAGCGUCGGGGACCCAAGAACAAGGAAUUCCUGGUGGAAUGUUCUCACUUGUGUUGAAUUGCUUUAAACUUUGUGUGUCUGUCCCGAGGAUGGGGGAGAAGUGUUAUGGUUUAUUUCUGCUCUGCACUAAAAACCAAAACACUUUAUGAACUAUAUCCAUUGCAGCAAAGAAUAUACUGUGGAUAUUAAUAGCAUUUAGUUAAAACCUCAAGUAAAUGCAGUGGAACCAAAUAUUUGAAUAUCAGGUUAGUAUUUUAGUGGGACAUGAGGCAGAUCCCUCUCUUGUGAGCAGUGUUGUAGGAUCUUUAACUCCCACAUGUGGUCAUGGUGUCAGGCCUGAGCCAGGCAGUGCUGGUACAAGGCAGAGCUGUCUGGGGUGAUGUGCCAUCUCCUGACUCACCUGGGGUCUUUUCCUUCAGGAGCAGGGUUUUCCUUGGGUCUCCCAUCCCAGCACUAAGCCUGACCUUGUUUUGCUUGAGUCUGAGAGAACAGCUGAUGUCACAGCUGCAAUACAACAGAGUAAAAAUCACUUCUGAAAUGCUGUUAGCAGUGUAACUGCAAUUGGAACAAGAGGUCUUGUUUACUUCCUGCAAAAUGUAAAACUUGUUUUUCUUGUUCACAUCUGUCUUCACAUCGGUAAUUGGAAUUUUACUGCAUAAAGAUUGAAUAUUAUGUUUGGUCUUGUUUACAGAUCUUAGAGCAGAAACUUUUUGCCCAUACUUCAGUUACUUUUAACUUCCUUUCGUCCUGUUCUGUGGUGGUACAGAUUUCAUUUUCAAAUAUGUGUUAUAUGCCAAAGUCAUCUUGGAUUCUAUGGGCUUAAGUUUUUUGUGGUCUUCUCACAGACACAGUACAGUAAUGUAGGGUAUGAACAAAACCAUUAACCAGAGAUCAAGGCUUACAUGUCAGUAAACUUACAGAUGCUUUUAGACAUCAGCCACUUCUGAAAUUCACUUGUCUUCAGUAUGAAAGUAGCUUUUUGUGGAAGGAGUAUGUAUAGGAAACACUGCUGUAUUUUUAUCUGCAAUAAUAUAUGUAGGCUCUGGGUACCUCUUGAAUCUGUUAUGUGAUAAAAGCCUUGUAAGAUUGAGAUCUCUAAUGUUUUUUAGAUCAACAUGAUGCAUAAGUUUAAAACUGCAUCUGUUUAAAGGGAUUUAUGACUAAAACUGCUUGUUUUUCUACAGAAUUGUCUGGUGUUUCUCAGCUUGAAGAAGAUCUGCAGUCAUUAUUGAUCCUCUUUCUUGGCGUUACCGUUUUUGAAGUGAAGUUUGCCUAGCUUUCUAGUGUGAGCUCUCUUUGCAGCCAUCUUAAAAAAAAAACUAUAAAAAACUAUAUUAAAAAAAAGGAAUUUUUUUUGAUCCAUAAAGUAGACACGCUCUAGUUCUACAAUGUCCAAGUCAUUCCAGCAGUCAUCUCUGAGUAGGGAUUCACAAGGUCAUGGGCGUGACCUCUCUGCAGGAAUAGGCCUUCUUGCUGCUGCUACCCAGUCUUUAAAUAUGCCAGCAUCUCUUGGAAGGAUGAACCAGGGUACUGCACGCCUUGCUAGCUUAAUGAAUCUUGGAAUGAGUUCUUCAUUGAACCAACAAGGAUCUCAUAGUGCACUGUCUUCUGGUAGUACCUCUUCCCAUAAUUUGCAGUCUAUAUUUAACAUUGGAAGUAGAGGUCCGCUCCCUUUGUCUUCUCAGCACCGUGGAGAUGCAGACCAGGCCACUAACAUUUUGGCCAGCUUUGGUCUGUCUGCUAGAGACUUAGAUGAACUGAGUCGCUAUCCCGAGGACAAGAUCACUCCUGAAAACUUGCCUCAGAUCCUUCUACAACUUAAAAGGAGGAGAGCUGAAGAAGGUUAUGGUAGAGAUGGCAGAUCAUCCACACGGGAACCACCGUACAGAGUACCUAGGGAUGAUUGGGAAGAAAAAAGGCAUUUUAGAAGAGAUAGCUUUGAUGAUCGUGGUCCUAGUCUCAACCCAGUGGUUGACUAUGACCAUGGAAGUCGUUCUCAAGAAUCUGGUUAUUAUGACAGAAUGGAUUAUGAAGAUGACAGAUUGAGAGAUGGAGAAAGGUGUAGGGAUGAAUCUUUUUAUGGUGAGACUUCGCAUAACUAUCAUAAAUUUGACAGUGAGUAUGACAGAAUGGGUCGUGGUCCUGGUCCCGAGAGAUCUCUCUUUGAGAAAAAGAGAGGUGCUCCUCCAAAUAGCAAUAUUGAAGACUUCCAUGGAUUCUUACCGAAGGGUUAUCCCCAUCUGUGCUCUAUAUGUGAUAUGCCAGUUCAUUCUAAUAAGGAGUGGAACCACCACAUCAAUGGAGCGACUCACAGCCGCCGCUGUCAGCUGCUGCUCGAAAUAUACCCUGAAUGGAAUCCUGACAGUGAUUCAGGACAUGGAAUGGGUGAUCCCUUUAUGUUGCAGCAAUCCACAAACCCUGCCCCAGGAAUUCUGGGACCACCCCCACCUCCAUUCCACCUUGGAGGACCCCCUGUUGGGCCCAGAGGAGCUGGCAAUGGCAAUAUGCAAGGACCGAGGCACAUGCAGAAGGGCAGAGUGGAAACAAGCAGAGUUGUGCACAUCAUGGAUUUCCAGAGGGGAAAGAACUUGAGAUAUCAGCUGCUCCAGCUCGUGGAACCCUUUGGGAUAAUUACAAAUCACCUGAUUCUAAACAAAAUCAAUGAGGCAUUUAUCGAAAUGUCGACCACCGAAGACGCCCAGGCUGCAGUUGAAUACUAUUCAACAACACCUGCCCUGGUGUUUGGUAAACCAGUCAGAGUCCACUUGUCACAGAAAUACAAGAGAAUAAAGAAACCUGAGGGUAAACCUGACCAAAAGACUGAGCCCCCCAAACCAGAGCUCGGCCGUGUGAUUCACCUGAGCAACCUGCCACACUCGGGGUACUCUGACAACGCCGUGCUCAAACUGGCUGAGCCCUACGGGAAGAUCAAGAACUACAUCCUCAUGAGGAUGAAAAGCCAGGCUUUCAUUGAGAUGGAGACCAGAGAAGAUGCUUUGGCCAUGGUGGAGCAUUGUGCCAACAAAGCACUUUGGUUCCAAGGCAGAUGUGUGAAAGUGGAUUUAUCUGAGAAAUACAAGAAGCUGGUGUUAAGGAUUCCCAACAAAGGAGUUGAGCUGCUGAAAAAGGAUAAAACCAGAAAGAGAACGUAUUCUCCAGACAGCAAAGAUUCUCCCAGUGAUAAGAAGUCUAAAACAGAAGCUGCUCAGAAACCUGAAAGUGGCACUACAGAAGAAAAAGUGAAAGAGGAGAAACAAGAGGAUCCUGCUGAGCCCUCAGGUGCCAAAAGUGGGGAACAGGCAGAGCAAGACGAGCCCAGUUUACUCCUGGAAUCCGAAGAUGAGCUGCUGGUGGAUGAGGAGGAGGCAGCAGCACUGUUAGAAAGUGGCAGCUCAGCAGGAGAGGAUGCAGAUGUUGCCAAUUUAGCUGAUGUGGCUACUGAAGAAAAAAAGGACACCCCUGAUGAUGUCACAGUAAAAACUGAGGGGGGGAACGUUGUGGCCACUCCAGCAGCCAAGAAAAAGCUUAAAAAGCGCUACGUGGGCGGCUUCCCACGGAGCAUGGAGGGCUUUGUGACCCUGGACGAGGUGGGGGACGAGGAGGACUCCGAUCACCAGAAACUCCGCAAGUCAGGCCUGGCAGGGAAGGCAGGAGGCAAGAACGAGGACAGUUUGGCAGAGAUCAAGGUGGACAAGAUCGAGGAGCCAGAGCAGGAGAACGAGAUGUUAGAGAACGGAACGAAAACCGAAGUCACCAUGAAGACUGAACCUGUUGAAGCUGCAGAUGCCACAACAGCACAGGAUGCUGAGAAAAACGCCCAGGAAAACACAGACCCCCAGGAUGAGCAGGAAACCAAGAACGUCCAAGAGAAACCUCUAGUUCCAGAUGAAUUUAGGAUUGGGCCGUACCAGCCAAACGUUCCUGUUGAAAAUUCUGGAUAAAAUGGCAGAAGACUACAGGCAAAAGAAAGAAGCUUAAAAAGAAGGAAGGAUGUAAGGAAAAUGUGGCUUUGUUUUUAAUGUUAAUCUUUUUUAAAGCAGUACAAGUAGUAGAUGAAAUACUGUAUUCUUUUUUGUUUUAGUGAGAUACAGUAGGCAUUAUAGGUCUGUUCAUGUGUUAAAUGUUGUAGGAAAAAGCAUAUGCAGUUAAGUUAAUGACAACAAUUUGUUCUUAAUGUGAGAAUGGCAACAAGUUUUUGUUUUGACACUUCAAGCUAUUACAGAAAAAAAAAUCCUGCACUCUCGUGGAAAGCUCAUCUAUGAGAAGAAAACCUUGUUCAAAUGAGAUUUACUACUUUCAAGCUUCAGAAAUUGUCUUUCAACUCCAUUCUGAAUAAAAAAUGAAAAGUAACACUGUAUUUUUAUUUUAUCUAGAACAUUCCAUAUUUUGGUCUGAGCCUAGCAGCUAUUUAAUUUUGAGAGUAAGGCUGUCAUUGCAUUUCACUUUGGAAAAGUCUUUAAAUGUAAGUUGCAUUUUUAAAUGUUGAAUUGCAAUUUCUUUUAAUGUCACUGCUGUUAUCUAUAGCAAAUAGGGAAAAUUAGUGAUUAGCCAGCUUUACAACUUUGUGACUUUUUUUCCUAAGCUCUUGCUAGACUUUCCUAUUCAGCUAUUCUGUGUAUUUUUAGUGAGAAGUAAAUGCCCAUUCUCUCCAACCAGUAUUAUUUCCUUGAGCUCUUCCUGCUUUUACUUGAAUCUCGUUGCUGUUGUACAUCUCUGGUUUCUCAAAAGCAGCAUUGGAGUCCCAAAGUGGACAAAGGUAUCUUUAUAUUCUCCAUGUGGAAUUUUUCAUACCCGCAUUUUAACACUGUUUUCUGUUAAAAUCUGGUUUUGUCAAGACUCUUUAGAACUGUGCUCUUAAUGUACCUGCACAUGUGAGAUGUGAACAGGAAUUUGCAUGUGUAACCUGUGUUUAUCUGUAGUUUUUGUUAUUUACUGCUUAUUUGUGACUUCAGGUUACUAAAGUGAUUCCCAAUAAACCAAGCUAGGCCACAGUGGUUUGUUAUA